AUGAAUAUCUUUCGAUUCUUUGGAGACCUUUCCCAUUUGGCCAGUAUAUUCAUAUUGCUUUAUGCCAUUGAAACCAACAAAUCCAUCAAUGGGUUGUCGUUAAAAACCCAAGUAUUAUAUGUUCUUGUUUACUUUACAAGAUACUUGAACUUGUUCACCAAGUUCUUUUCCCUUUAUAACUCCAUAUUGAAAGUUUUUUUCAUCGGAUCGUCAUUAUACACCGUCUACGUUAUGGUUUACAAAUACCAAAAGACCAUCAAGGCCGACAUUGACACAUUUCCAAUCAAGUAUCUCGUGGGGCCUUCAGCAGUGGCGGCCGUGAUUUUCACCCAUAAAUACACCCCUAUGGAAAUAUUGUGGUCAUUUUCACUUUGGUUAGAAGCCGUAGCUAUUUUACCACAAUUGUUCAUUUUGCAACGUACUGGAGAGGCUGAAAAUAUUACCAGUCAUUAUAUCUUUGCCUUGGGGAUCUAUCGUGCUUUGUACAUUCCCAAUUGGAUUUACAGAUAUUACGUUGAAGAUCACUUCGAUUAUGUUUCUGUAUUGACUGGUCUUUUACAAACGGCUAUCUACUCUGAUUUCUUUUACAUUUAUUACACCAAGGUUAUGAAGGGAAAGAAGUUUGAGUUACCUGUUUAA